AUGUGGAUUCUCUCGUUCUGGCUUUUCCCUGUGAUAUCUGGGUGCAUGUGGAUAGCUACGCUAGUAGCCAUGCUGUCAAGAUGGGCAGUGGACGGAAAGCCAAGAUAUAUCACCAUGGACGCCGAGCUCACCAUUCCUUAUAUUUCCCAUAUCGGAGCCGAAGGACUCAAACCGCUGUUCAUUACAGGGAGUGUAAUAACAGUCGUGUUCAUGGAUCUCGGUCUCCUCGCUGAGCGUUGGCUUCGUCAUGCCGGUCAACUUGCUCCAAACAAAGGGAAGUUCGACAAAACCUGUGCGGUUGGAUCAAUCAUAUUUUCCAUUGCUGGGGCUAUAGGCCUCAUUCUUCUGUCCAUCUUCGACACAAAGAAUCACCAUAACCUCCACAACGGGUUUUUGGGCAUGUUCAUAGCGUGUUACGUGGUCUGCGCCCUCCUGGUGUGUCUGGAAUACAUCCAAAUCGGUCGAUUCUACCAUCCACAAGCUCGAAUCUUAAUAGUUAGCUUCGCUAUCAAAGCUCUUUUCGUUGUCUGCGAACUCGGCGUCGCGAUUGCAUUUGGCGUAUGCAUGAAUAAUGGAAAGAAGCAGAACGCGGCGGCUGUUUGUGAAUGGGUUGCCGCCCUUAUUUUCGCAUUCUUUGUAUUUUCCUUUGUUAUUGAUCUCCUGCCCUCUGUUCGGACUAAGAAACGGGUUCCUCAGGGCGAAAAGUAUACUCGGCCAGAUGUGGAGGCUCGUCCAACAGCCUUUUAG